AAUGGCGGCCAUGGCUGCGGAGGCGGCAGCGACUGCAGCGGUGCCGGGCGAUGGGGGGGCGGGCGAAGCCGAGCCCGAGAUGGAGCCCAUCCCGGGUAGCGAGGCCGGCGCGGACCCUCCUCCUGCCGUCACCGAGGCCGUGGAGUCGGCGGCGCCCGACGGAGAGGAGGCCGACGGGGGAAAGGGAGCUCCCGGCGAGGCCGAGGAGCCGCCGCCCGUGCAGCUCGCCCGGAGCCCGGCCGGGACGCGGGAGCCGGAAGGCGAAAGGACGGAGACGCCGCCGCCCUCCGGCCUGGAGGCGGGUUCGCCGCAGGCCGAGCUCCGAGGAGCGACCGGCCCGGAGCCCGAGGAGCGGCCGCAGCCCUGCCCGCCGCCCGCCGCGCGUCCCCAGCUUCCCGAGGAGUGGCCGCAGCCCUGCCCUACGGCUGCCGGGGGCUCCGCGAAGCGGGAGCCCGGGGAGGAGCCGUCCCGGCCGGAGGAGGAGGAGCCGGAUGCUGCCGCCGCGGAGCCCGAGCGCCCGCCGCCCGCCGCCCCAAGCGGGGGGGAGGCGGAGGCGCCGCUGCUGCCCGGCUCCGAGGUGCGGGUCACCCUGGAUCACAUCAUCGAGGACGCCCUGGUGGUCUCGUUCCGGCUGGGGGAGAAGCUGUUCUCCGGGGUCCUCAUGGACCUCUCGAAAAGGUUUGGACCCCACGGAAUCCCUGUGACCAUAUUUCCUAAAAGGGAAUACAAGGAUAAACCUGAAGCCAUGCAGCUCCAAAGUAAACCAUUCCAAGAUGAGGCACAGGUGAAGUGUGAAUCUAAUGCUGCAGUCCCCGAUGACUCUUCUCUCACACAGCCAUCAGAACCAAGCUUAGCUAAAAGCCUAUGGACUUCUAAACCACCUCCUCUCUUCCAUGAGGGAGCGCCAUAUCCUCCUCCUUUGUUUAUCAGGGACACAUAUAACCAGUCAAUACCUCAGCCUCCGCCCCGGAAAAUUAAGCGGCCCAAGCGUAAAAUGUACAGGGAGGAGCCCACUUCUAUUAUGAAUGCUAUCAAACUACGACCCCGACAGGUCUUAUGUGACAAGUGCAAAAACAGUGUUGUUGCAGAAAAAAAGGAAAUAAAAAAAGGUGGCAAUGCAAGUGACUCUUCAAAAUAUGAGGAUAAUAAAAAACGAAGAAACGAGAGCGUGACUACUGUGAAUAAAAAACUUAAGACUGACCAUAAGGUGGAUGGAAAAAGCCAAAAUGAAAGCCAGAAAAGGAAUGCUGUGGUCAAAGUUUCAAAUAUUGCCCACAGCAGAAGCAGAGUAGUUAAAGUUACUGCACAAGCAAAUACUUCAAAAGCGCAGUUAAAUACAAAAAAAGUUCUCCAGAGCAAAAACAUGGAUCAUGCAAAAGCUCGGGAAGUCUUGAAAAUGGCCAAAGAAAAGGCACAAAAGAAGCAGAGUGCAACCUCCUCUUCCAAAAAUGCACAUUCAAAGGUCCACUUCACACGGCGUCUUCAGAACACCAGCUCAGGUUCCCUCCCACCCCGAUUGCGUUUAAAGCCACAAAGAUACCGGAAUGAAGAAAAUGACUCUUCUCUCAAGACAGGACUUGAGAAAAUACGGAGUGGCAAGAUGGCAACUAAGCCGCAGUCUCGCUGCUCCUCCACCCGCUCAGCAGGUGAGGCCCCUUCAGAAAAUCAGAGCCCCUCAAAAGGCCCUGAAGAGGCCAGCAGUGAGGUUCAGGACACAAGUGAAGUGCAUGUAACUGUUGAUCAGGAUGAACACCAGACAUUGGGCAAGAGAGGCAGCAAAAGCAAUAUAACGGUUUACAUGACCCUUAAUCAAAAGAAAUCUGACUCUUCCAGUGCAUCAGUAUGUAGUAGUGAUAGCACAGAUGAUUUGAAAUCUACCAACUCUGAGUGUAGCUCUACUGAAAGCUUUGAUUUUCCUCCAGGCAGCAUGCAUGCACCUUCCUCCUCCUCCUCCUCUUCGAAAGAAGAGAAAAAGCUCAGUAAUUCCUUGAAAAUGAAAGUCUUUUCCAAAAAAGUCUCUAAAUGUGUUACACCAGAUGGCAGGACCAUAUGUGUAGGGGACAUUGUUUGGGCCAAAAUUUAUGGCUUCCCUUGGUGGCCAGCCCGUAUCCUGACCAUAACUGUGAGCCGGAAAGAUAACGGUCUUUUAGUUCGCCAGGAGGCUUGUAUAUCAUGGUUUGGCUCCCCAACAACGUCUAUUCUUGCUCUUUCACAACUAUCCCCCUUUUUAGAGAACUUCCAGUCGCGCUUUAAUAAGAAGAGAAAGGGUCUUUACCGCAAGGCCGUCACAGAGGCAGCCAAGGCUGCUAAGCAGCUGACUCCCGAAGUUCGGGCCCUGCUGACGCAGUUUGAAACGUGAACAUGGAGAGUAAGGUAGGCAAGAAAUCUGGAGGCUCCACGAAAUUCAUAGCCUAGUUAGAGGACUACCAUGAAGGAUUUGCCGAGGCAGAAGUUGCAGUCGGUUGGAUGCUCUUUUUAUACUAAAGUUCCAUUUGUAGCGGUUUCAUGGAAGUUAAACAAAUUGAACAUGCAAUCAAAAUUAGCCUAAAGUGAGAAUUUCAGUAUUUUUCAAGUGAGAAUUUUUUUUAAAGAAAGAACUCCUCAAACACCCGAUGCAUAGGAGCCAUAGCCUCAGCUGAAAGGCAGCUUAUUUGCAGGGAAUUUUUUAGUAGUUUCUACCCAGUAUGUACCUAGUUGCUGUGUGGCAAAGGGUUGACACAAGGGGUGAAAGUAGUAGCUGUGAUACUUUAUUUUUCUUUUCUUAGGUGGCCCAUCAGGGAAGUGUAGAAACGUAAGCCUUGUCUAAAUGGUCUUUAAACAUGAUUUCAAAUACUUUCUGAUGUAUUUAGUCUGGCCAGUGCAAAUUGGUUCAAUGCGCGCAUGAGCAUCUUAGAGGCGUGCCCCAAUCCACGAAGGCCAGUUUAAAUGGCAUUAGAAGAUGUGCUGAAGUUUUUAAGGAAGAAAAAUUCACAAAAUUGAAGACCAGAUUAAAUGGGGUUUUAUCUUAGUGACCACUUCUUAAACACUCAGCCUUUCUAUGCACAUGGGGGCACAAAUAUUAACACUUCAGGGUCUGAGAAGCUGAGAGUGAUGCCUGUAGCUCUAAGACAAAGCUGAGAAAUUGCUCAGUGUUUGGGAUCAAGGGCUGUUAAUGCUGCAUAGGUGUGAAUCAUAACUUCUGGUCUUUCUUCCUGAAGAAGUCUUUCAGGCCAUUUGCCUGGAGUUUUAGAUUAAGAGAGGCUUUGUUUUGAAUGUGUAAAUAAUUGAUUGAUGAAAUUUGGUCAGAUUUUCUCCUGACUGGUUGUUCCUAAAUUCUUAGGAUACGUCCUAGUUAAUUACACUUUGUGAAUUGUCAGAUGUGUAAUUGUUGCAUUUUGGAUGUAUCUAACUUCAUUUUUUUUUUUUAAAUAUUUCCGUUUAAGGUAUCUGUUUGCAGGUCAGAAAAUGAGAAUUAUGUAAUUGUGUAAUGCUCUGAAAUGUAAAAACAAACUGUAAAUAAAAUUGACUAAAUCUGAAUUAUUUGUGUGUGUUUCUCAAAAAGCUUUGAAAAAAAUCUAGGAUGUUAGAGUACUUGAUACCUAUGCUGGAUUUAGAGGACACCCUUUUAAAAAGUAAAUUGUCCUUUUUUGCUCAUUCUUAAAGAUAAGUGCUGGUGAAGUACUGUUGGUACACUUCAGUCUUAAUUUGGAGAUGAAGCAGUUAUUGCUCCCCUUUGUUUCAAUACUAGCUCCAUAGAGGGCUUUCUGGGAAGUUUAUCAGGUUUUUUUCCCCUUAAUUAGCUUUUGUUCCAUAUAUUUGACUAAUAACUGGAUAAUGUCACCUGUACAGUGGGGAAAUGUUUUUGGUUUUCUCCAUCUAUCAGAAACUAAGCAGAACCGCUCCGCUGUUACUUCAGCUUUUCCUGCAUGUCUGUUGCUCGAUGCUGGGCACUUCCAUGCAAUUCGCUGUACAGACUGUACAUUUUUCCCUCUAGUUUUGGUCCUCAGCUGACUUAUAUGUAUUGUCCUCUCUUUUCCAACCCACUGCUGUUUGAGCCUUGCAAUGUGUUGUGAAGAAUCUGUCAGCGUUCAUCCCAGAGCAGUUUUCAUCCUGUAUUUUUUUUCUCCCAUAAUUGCCCACGUAGGCAACCAUGACAGAUGUAAAGAUCCCAGCUUAGGCUGCAAUUAGAUUUUGAGCAGACAUGAGAAAUGGGGGUAAGGAUUUAAUCAUCAAACCCUUAAAAUCUUGUGAACUUAAGAUUAAAUUUUGUAUAUCCGUGAUACUGCCUGGUCUUUCCAAAGCAUUCGGUUUCUUUAACCUUUUAAAAUUAUUCUGUUGUGCCCACAGAACUAUUUGCAGUCCAAAGUGUUGAGUACACGGCUGUUAGCAUUUCCUCCCGAGUAUCUGCUGAGCUCUGUUAGGUGCUAGUUAAGCUUCCAGUUGUCAGCUCUUCCUUGAGCUUCUAAUAGCUACCAGAAAAACCCAGAUCAAACCAAACAGCUGGUCAAUGCUUUUUGAAUGUGAUAAACACACAAUAAAUUUCAUCGUACAGAAAAAAAAAAAAAAUCCUGUUUCACUUCUAUGUAUUCUUUCCUGCAAACAGAAACAGUUUCUUUAUUGAAGUAAAUAAGCCUUACUUUGUUACUAAAGCAGAGUGCUUUUUGAAGCCAAGAACCCAUCCAAGGUGGUUUAGAUGUCUGCACUGGUUUCUUGAGGUUUAGAAUCUUGAGCAAACUGCUUGUGAGUUGUUGCGGGUGGAGUAGAAGUAGCACUGAUGUGUACAUUGUUAGUUUUUAAUUUGAAGUACUUGGAAGCUUUGUAUUCUUUUAAUUUCUAUACAGAUUUCUAUAAAGGUAGCACAGUGCUAGAGUGUACAUAGCUGGAACUUACGUGUUUGCUGCUAAGGUUGAAGAGCAACAGCUAUGAGGGGUUUCUUUUGAUUGCUUUGUGUUCAAAAGAAGGUUCUGAAAGGCCUUUAAUGACUCUGAGUUGUGGUUUGUAGCUGAUUAGUCUUUUAUGAAGUCCUUCCUAAGUUUUGUAGUUUGUACUAAACAUAAAGUACAUCAUCACUGCUGACUUAACAGGUCCCAAACCCAGCAGAGAAUUUCUUUCAUCACAGCACCCUGUUAUGUUCCAUUGAAAAUAUCCUAUUCAUGGGCCUGUGAUUCUUCUUUUUGCUCUGAAGUAGCUGCAAUUCUAGAUUGAAUCCAUAGUGGAGAAAAUGCUGGGCUUAAUGUGCAGCCUGGUUGUGCCAUAAAGUAGCCUGGAUGGUGGCAGCGUGGGUGCUGUGUGUGGAUUAGCUUUGGAGACUGGCACAGCGCCGCGCUUUGCCUGAGCUGCAAAAUGCUGCAUUCUUAUGAGCACCCCUGAGCCCAGCAGUGCCCACAGUGUGAACGUGUGCAGUUCAGGACUUUUGCCUCCCCUCUCUGAAUUACCUGCACAGUGUAAAUGAUUUAUCAGGUAACUAAUCAGAGCGUGUUUGUGAAGUGCCAGGAAGGUGCAUCUGUGUGACUAAGCUGUGCAGCUGUUGUAAGCAGGCUGUGUGCGGAGGAGGAACAGCAACGCACAGACUGUUAGCUUUCUAUCAGCUUGAUACAAUAAGCAGAGGAUGCCUUUCUGAAUUAAGGAAGUUCCUCAAUGUGGCUGUGUGUGCAUGAUGCUUCCAUUUGGGGAAAAAAUAAGGCAGGUAGUGAUGGGUGUAUAAUACAGGAAUGUUUUCUUUUGAGUAAUGUUAGUUAAAGCUACUUCAUCUUAAGGCGUUUUAUACCAAAACAUAAAGAUUUCUUUUAAGUUUUGGAAAGCCUGAGUGUUUAAUGAGUGAGGGUGGGACCAAAUGUGAAAUACUUGUGUUUCUCUGGAGUUCUACAGGAAAUUGAACAAAUAUUUGGUAUUUUUCUAGUCAGAGUUGUGAUUUUAUGUCAACAUUUAAAUAAGGUGAUCAUCUCUUGUUGUACUUAUUUUCUUUUAGACAGUGUUAUCUUUGGCUAUUCGAAUAUUUCAUUACCUGAAUCCUGCAGAACUGGCAGAUUCCUCCCCAAUGGGGUUUUGAGGAUGCAUUGAAUUUAGGUCAGCUGUGCAAGGCUGAGAAGCUUUUAUUUCUUAUCACUGUGUAGGAAAAGGGUUUUUUGGAAAUGAAGGUGAAGCUUCUAAGUGUUACCAGGUUAAAGAAACAUCACUAAUGCAAAUAGGGUUGUUUUUUUCCCACUGCUAGGUUUGUGGAACAGACUAACAAAGUCAACUGGUUGAUGUUCCCAAGGCCUGCCACUGAUCUCAGUUUGUCACCUGUGAGCCGUUGCUGCAGUUGUCAGGGUUCAAUGUGAGCGUGAACUAUGAAAGAAAGCAGCAGCUCAUCCUCAGCACUGUUAUCAUCUGCCCUCAUGUCUGUUCUGUGGGGUAUAAUGUAGAACAAGUAGAGCAGUCCUCUUGGCUGCAGUCUCAGAAGGCAAAAAGCCUCCUAAAGGGGAAUGAAGGUGGAAGCAUUUUGUGCCUUAAGCAGUUUGGUAAAAAUGUGGGUAUAUUAUUUAAAAACAAAGUUGAAAGUGAUCUUACAGCGCAGAGUUUAUAGUGCUUAAAGGCUGAGAUGCUUUAUUUUUCUGUUCUUAUUUUCAGUUUACUUUUUAAGGGUAUAAAUAGAAAGGUCAUAGGGAACCUGAAGGAGAAGAGAGGAACUUGGUGUGUGAACUUAGAUAUGAUAACAUAAGUAGAACUGGGAGAAUAAUAGUGAGAAUGAUACAGUACUUUACAAGUGCAGUAGGGGGGAAUAGUUCUGUGGCUUGGUGCUGGAUUCUGUCAGUUUAGGCUAUGCUUACAUGAAGUCCGUGUUCUUUCUUUAUUUUUUGAAAUACAGGUCUGAUGAGAUACCUGGUGGUGAUGUAGUCAGGCUGUACUUGGCAGCAAUACAGUGCAGUUAUCCCUGCAGGUAAAAUAAGCUAUCAAUAACCAAAGAGGUCUCUUCAUGUAAGUAACUUCCCUAAGGUUUCUGAUGUGGCUGAGUUCCUCAGGAAUCACCCACGUUCAUCAGCAGGCCAGGCAGAGGCCUGCAUUCUUGGCUGCUUUGGAGCAGCUGUCAGGAUGAGCUGGAAGAUCCAAGCCUGUGAGAUGUGGCUGCAAAUGCACAGCUCAAAUUCUUACUGAUCUGUUGUGGGAAAAAGCUCUGCUUGAAUACGUGGCUGCGCUAAUCAUAAAGACAAGUUCUUACUUGACGUUUAAAAUACCUCAAUUUCAGCUCUUGGUAAUGUUGUAUUUCCUUAGUGGCCUUAUGCUGUGUGUUUAUAGAACGUGGCCAUUUAACUGGAUAAAAAAAGAUCCCCAUGUAAGAUGCUUUUUCUGUUCCCUGCUCAUCUUCCUGGCAUUUCUUUCACCAUUUCCAGUUUGAGCUCAUCUUUCUUCAAUGUCAAUGGUAAGAACUGUUUCUGGUAAUUUACAUGGGGUCUUGCAAAACUCACAGAGCAGCAGUGCAAUGGUUCUUCCCCACAUUGGUUAUUUCUCUGGUGACUGCUUUUGCUUUUCAGUUGUUAGAGCCUGGGAGUAGCUUGUGGUUGUUCUGUGAGUUACUCAAACAUCUCAGUCUUUCUUCUGUAAUAUCAGAGAUUAGUACUAAUUCAUAUUGAACUUUAAUUUAUACAAAUAUAUUUUGAAUUGCUGGGACACAGCUGCCCCUGUGUGAACACAAGGAAAGUCAGCAGCUCCCUGGCACGGCUGUGGAGACACUGGCAUGCUGACUGACCGUGCUUUUUCCUGCAGUUUUGUUCUUGGCAUCAGAUCCAGCAGCUGGGGAGCAAAGUCUCUGGGUGGCCCUGCAGCACGGGCUGGCUCACCACCAGGUGCUGACUGCUGAGGGGAACUCGGAUCCAUGGCUAAGAAAGAAAAAGCAUCCCUGUGCUCUUGGUAGGGAGUAGGACAAGCAGCAGCAUGGAAAGGGAGCGUGAUUGAGAUGUUCUACACAUGAGAAGACCUGAGCCACCCUGCACAUCCAGUAGGGAGACAGAAAGGAGUAAGGGAUUGUCUAGCAUAAACCCCCUGCAUGAUCUGCAAAUGCACAGUGCUAAAAAAUUAUCUACCUGCUGUGGCCCAAAAGGAUGAUAACAACGUCAGCUGCAGGUGAAAGUUGGAGAAAGGAACAGAUCAAGGUCCCCUGUUUUAUAUUCAGGCUUUGCUCUUCCAAAGUAUGAAGACAAAUGGUUUUGUGGAAUUAACUUGGGCUACAACUGAGAAGUUAUUUUCAAAACCAGGACUGGGCACAUUUUGAACAGCUGUAGUGCAGUUUCUAUGUCAACGAUUUUGGCAGAGGUAGAAGAACAGCCUGUUGGGACUGGAAGUCUGCAAGUACCUGACAAGUGAACUGACAGAGGGGAAAUGAAAUAUUCCUGUUUAAAUGCAAGCAAGACAAGAAGUUAUAGUUAAAAUUACCAGACAGAAAGUUAAGCUUAGAAUUUAUUUAGAAUACAGCAGCAAAAUCCUUGAUGUUGUUUUGAGAGCUGCAUAGCUUCUGUAAUUGCAAGCUUUUGGGAACAAGUGAGGUUAACCUCUGUCAGGACUGGAUUAGUUAAAUUCAUCCUGCGUUUGGCUAUGGGUCAGAAUUGCUGAGCUGUCCUGGCCCUAACACAGCUCCCAUUUCUGUAAUUCUGUAAUUAACAGCUCUGAUUUAGGAAAAAGAAUCUUUGCAGAAAUGUGCAGAUAAGGAAGUGCUGUGCCUGGUGUGUCAGGCAGCAAUCACGCUGGGUACAGUGAAAGCACAGCGCCCAGACUGCUCUGCAUCUCCUGCCAAGGGGCCUCUCCUAUGCAAAAUCAGGCUUGGAUGACAUCAUUUAUAUAAUAUGUCAACUUCAAACAAGUUCUUCUUUUAAAACACGUAGGUCAGUUUUCAUGUUUACUUACUAAUGGUUUUGCUAUCAGAUCCGCAGUACGAACAAGAGCUGUUCUUACAUGUGCUAGCCAUGUGCUGUGCAGUUGAGAUUUGGAAGGCAAGCUGUGUUCCCACCAGCUUGUUCCCAUCAGCAAGAGGCUGUAAUGGGGAUGUAGUAGAACUCUGGUGACAGACUCUGCCCAACUGUCAUUGCCCAUUUGUGUUUUAACAGGUGCACAAAGGGGAAGAAGGUGCUUGCUUUGUCAGUAAAGCAAGCAGGUUCAGUUCCAAGCAAAUAUUUACUUAAAUGCCAGUUUUAUAUCCUUUUUUUUUUUUUUUUUUUUUUUUUUUA